GACCGAGUGAGUGACUCCUGAAUCUAUUCGCAGCUGCUCAAGCACCCCCCUCUCCUUCAGAUUUGGGAAAGAAAAAUCGCUGCUCAAACGUUAUAACAAUUCAGGAUAACACAACUGAGACAUGCUGUCAGCUGUAGUGGAAUCUGAGCAGCGUAAAAGCCAGAAGAAUCAUGGCUGAGGACUACUGGGAGAACAUAUUAUCUUUCGCGUAUUAUUGUUAAGAUUACAAGGGCAUAGGGGAUCUCACGUCUUUGGAGAGGUUGAACCGUGGCUGCCUCUCCCCCCUCUGCAUCUCGCCCCCCCCUUCCUCCUCUGAUGGACCGCAUGAGGAAGAUUAAACGGCAGCUGUCCCUCACGUUGAGGGGGGGUAACAGUGGGGACAAGAGUCUGAGCGAGACCAUCAGCUCACAGGACACCGCACACAGUGAUUCGGACGCCAUGUCAGUGCGGGGCAGUGGCGGUGUGCGGGGCGCAGUGCGGGGCGCAGUGCGGGGUGCUGGAGGCUCCUUCAGCAUGCACUCCCUGCUGCAGUCAUACAGCUCCAGCCUGCACCGACCCCGUGGCCUGGGCCGCAGCCUCAGCUCCUAUCUCAACCACGCUACACGCCUGGAAAUAGUGCAUGAGGAUGUCAAGAUGGGCUCGGAUGGGGAGAGCGACAAAGCAUCUGCCACAUCCUCCGAUGAAGUACACAGUCCGGUCCGAGUUAGACUGAGGAACAACCCAACCCGCAAGAUCUCCACAGAGGACAUCAACAAGCGUCUGUCGCUGCCAGCAGAUAUCCGGCUACCCGACAGCUACCUGGAGAAGUUCAGCCUGAACAGUCCGCUGUUCGACAAGCCACUGAGCCGCCGGCUGCGGAGGGUCUCCCUGUCGGAGAUCGGCUUCGGGAAACUGGAGACCUAUGUCAAGCUGGACAAACUUGGAGAGGGGACCUACGCCACUGUAUACAAAGGCCGCAGCAAGCUGACUGACAACCUGGUGGCCCUGAAGGAGAUCAGGCUGGAGCAUGAGGAGGGGGCUCCCUGUACUGCCAUUAGAGAGGUGUCCCUGCUGAAGGACCUGAAGCACGCCAACAUUGUGACUCUGCAUGACAUCAUCCACACACAGAAGUCCCUCACGCUGGUGUUCGAGUACCUGGACAAAGACCUGAAGCAGUACCUGGACGACUGUGGCAGCUGCAUCAACAUGCGUAAUGUCAAGCUCUUCCUGUUCCAGCUACUGCGUGGCCUUAACUACUGCCACGGGCGCAAAGUCCUCCACAGAGACCUCAAGCCCCAGAACCUGCUCAUUAAUGAGCGCGGCGAGCUCAAGCUGGCUGACUUUGGCUUGGCGCGGGCCAAGUCCAUCCCCACCAAGACCUACUCCAAUGAGGUGGUGACGCUGUGGUACCGCCCGCCGGACAUCCUGCUGGGCAGCACUGAUUACUCCACCCAGAUAGACAUGUGGGGGGUGGGCUGCAUCUUCUAUGAGAUGUCCACAGGCAGACCCUUGUUUCCCGGUUCCACCGUGGAGGAAGAGCUUCACUUUAUCUUCAAACUGCUGGGUACGCCCACGGAAGUCACUUGGCCUGGAAUCACCUCCAACGAGGAAUUCAUCUCCUACAACUACCCCCGCUACAGACCUGACUGCCUGCAUAACCACACGCCACGACUGGACAAUGAAGGGGUAGACCUGCUUUCCAAGCUGCUGCAGUUUGAGGGGAAGAAGCGCAUCUCCGCUGAGGGGGCUAUGAGACAACCCUACUUCCACUGCCUGGGAGAGAGGAUCCUCACACUGCCUGACACUACUUCUAUUUUUGCACUUCAAGACGUUCAGCUGGAGAAGGAACCUGGCAUGCGGAGCAGCUCGCUCACAGACUCAGGUGAGUGAACAGCACAUCCAGACGGCAGAGCCUGCUCUUCUGAGUGCCGGAUAUGUAGAAGAACAAGAAAGCCAGAGUCUGACGGGGAUGUUUGUUUUUUUUUUGUGUGUGUAAUGAAGGGAUGCAUAUUUACCUUUUAAUUUUUCGACCACGUAAUGGCUAUUUAGUACACAGAGGGUUUAUUAGCUGUUUACAUGUGAGAUAAAGUCAAGGCUGGGGGGGGAACGGGGUUCUACCACUCACCCCCCAGCUCUGCUCAAACUUACAUUCAAGUUUACCAUGACAAUCAACACUUGCGCCAUCAUUUUCCCUGCUUUUCACACUGAUGUACAGCAGUCGUGUGACACUCAGUGGACUGUGGGUGAUCGAGCCCAAAUAACACCCGUAACUAACGGAUCACGACGUCGGUGGUGAGCCCAAAGAGUCGAUGUGAAAACGCAAAUGAAGCAACUGACAGGCUGUGUGGUGAAAACUUGGAAGGAUGGUGACAGUGUUCUGUGUAUCAGUGUUAAACGUGGAGGAAAACGUGGUGAAGUCACGUCAUGCUAGUACUGUAGACUCCUCACUUCGGUCUUCCUAUGUCCCUUCUAUUUGGAAUGCUACAGUAUUUCUACUCAUCCCCACUCAAGCCAUAGGUAGAGUUUGUAACGGACGGCAAUAUUUUGUUCCAUUGCAGGGUUUUGGCACAGCCUCCUCGUUCUCUCCGUUAGUAUGUUUAUUGUUGUGAUUGGCAAUAUGCUCACCUGAGAGGCGUGAGUUUCUUCUUCUUUGUCUGUAGUCCUGAUUAAGCACAGACCCCCCCCCCUCCCUUUUGGAGUGGCAAACCCAUCAUGGUUACCCUCCUUGCAGACCUUGCCGGAGAGGCACACAGGUGCCGGUGUAUUGCUUACUCUGGAAUACUUUCAGGCGGCCACAUUUCAGUGCAUGAGAUCACAUGGCUCCCAUUGAGCUGCACCCCAUGCCAACACGUGCACCAUAUUCACCCCCUUAGAGGGAGUGCAGAGGCAGUUAAGGUAUUUUUGUGCCAUGGGGGGGGGGCAGAACUGUGGAAAAUACUCAGGAUAUGAACUGAGAUGCCAGGUCACUCACACCAUUUGAAAAUCUGGCUUAAUAUACAUUUUUCCCCCUGAGGAAUCACUGUUUUGACUGUCCUUACAAAAGCAUACAUUUUUAACAUUCAUGUCUGAAAUUAAUAUCCCAAGACAAAGACCCCAGUAAUUAUCAAUAUAUUCCAUAACAAAAUAAUUUUUGUCUCACACUCAAGACUGUUAAGAUAAUAUUGGUCCUAAUAUAUCACAUCACCAUUAGGUAACCCUGGACUGUAAUUCUGUGUUAACCUAAAAACAAUAUUUUGAUGGGAAGGACCCUUUGCUGACAAAGAUGACAGUCCUGUUAGUUAAUUGGGUUUCAAAUGCAUGAUGGCUGAUCUUUCUCUGAAUUGGACCUGGGCUGUCAGGCUGUGAGCCACCCUGUCAGAGAUGCUGCAGAUUUUACCCACGUGAUGAACAGCAGGUGUCGUUUUCUGAAGGGUGGGGGAGACUGGGGGAAUCUGCAGUGCGGAGAAUCCACCCCAGCGAAAGCUCAGCAGGGAAUUGUGCAGCAAACGGACCUCGUAUCCAUGUUACAGUGGAACUAUAAAGUAUUGUUUUGUUAUCGUUGACAGUGAUACUGUCAUGUUCUUCUUUUAAGGAGAAAAUGUUGUUUCACCACAGGAUUCCUAACCAGUGUCGGUAAUUUUGUUCCAUUUGUUAUUAUUUUUCAUCGGAUGAAGGCAACAGUGGCCCUUUCGUUUCGGAACACCUUAGGAUUCCGGAGGUCACUGUGCGAGGGCAAAAAUGGCUGUUUGUGGCUGUGAAAUGGCCUCGUGUUUCAUGAUGCAAUAACUGAAUUAAACCGUAUGACAGAGUUCUGUGUUUAUAGGGGAUGAACUGACAGCUCUGUAGGUCUGUGUUUUUAGGUGAGUAUGAGUAUAUACAGGAGACGGGGAUCAACAAAGCUGAAGGCCGAUUUUACCACCCGAUUACUCUUGUUUUAUAGAUCCUGAUAUUUUGGUAUUACUUUAUAUGUUUUCACUCUGUAAAAGACUGUUUAGAGCCUGUGACACAAGCUUGUAAAAUGCUUCUGAUGAUAAAUAUGAAUAGGCUACAUUGUUGUUAUAAUUAUCUUUUUACUUGUGUUGUUCCUUUGAAUAGAGUUUUAUAAAUGGCCAGUUCAUAUGAUCAUCUAAAGUGAAGCGAUUCACACGUUUUGCAUUGCUUAUGCAUUUUACUUGUUACUGAAGGGAUUUUAAAUUGGAGUGAGAUAAUGGCAAGUGGACAGUAACAUCUCUGCUGUGCAGCUGUCUGCUCUCCAGCUGCCUCUUCAUACUGAGCAAGAGAGGCAGAAAGGGAGGGACAGCAGGCAUGAGUAUGCAGCAUGGCUACUGCAUAAGCCUAAACACACGCAAUAUCAUUUCCACACCUUAGGAGCCAUAGCAAAUCCAUUGGGGGGGGACAAAGAAUAAAUGUUAACCAAGCAAAGCAAUAUGUAAAUGCACAUUUGGCAGAUGCCUGUGAGAGAUGUUUAGCCAGAUGUUCCUGUUGGAGGCACAGCAACUUGAAAGGAAAGGGCUGGCUUUUAACUCUGACUACUCAUGUUGGACUUCCAGGAUACGCACUGUUUGUACCAGUCUAGGACUGGGCCAUCUUGUGUUACCGAUGCACUGCUGAUGUUUUUUUUUUUUUCCCCAAAUGGAGGUAAAUGAGGAUAAUCACAAUGCUGUUUUAUUUUCUGGCAAAAUGCUUCUGUUGGUUCAUUUCACUGCAGUGUGCCUGCAAUAUAAUACAAAAGGUACUUUUUGCAGCAAAUUAACUUUUUUCCUUCCUUGCUCCAGAGUGGAAUGACAUAUCUGGAGCUUGGAAAGUCAAACACAUCCCUGAUACUUCUCUCUGGCUUUGGUGGUGCUGUAGUUCGAUACUCAGAACUACACUCUGAGGGUCACUGUUAUGCAGAACUUCCUGUCUGAUUGCCCAUCAGUUCCAGGAAAGCAAAUUGCAAGUAUGGGUUAAUUGGAACUAAAAAGGGAGUCUGUUCAGAGACCUGAUCAACAUCAGAGAGAUGCACCAACUGACAUGUUGAGGGAGUUGCAGGAAUUAGUAGACACCAUAUGAUCCAAUAAUAAACUAUUAUGUCAAAUGGUUGUGUGUAAGGAAAGCUGGGAGUGAUUACAGGCAUCAGUCAGAGAAGCCUGGAUUUCCUGUCAGUGGCAUACAAACAAAUGCAUUCCUUGUUUACAUGAAUUGAUUUCAUGGGGCUCAGAUCUAUUUUAUGCUGGUCUUCAACUAACUAUGGGAAGAUAGAGGAUAAAUAGUUUCCAUUUGCGUUAGGAUUAUCUUCAUUUGAUAUUCCAGACACUUCUAUUUAUUGUUCAAGUGAAAUGCUUUCAUAACUUGAAAACAAGCUGUUAUUCACAUCAUAUUUUUAAUUAUAACCAGAUAAUGGCAAACAUAUUUUUUACUAUGGUAUAUAUUGUAAUUAAAAACUGAAGGUACAGAACAUUUUGGAUAUAUAUAGGGCACAUCAGUUGCUGUGAACAAUUAUUAUAAUAGGUGUGCCUUAUACUCAAAAUACAGGAUCAAACCUAUAUUUUAUGUUAGCGAUGUACACAAUUGGCUUACUCAAACCUCAGUCGUAAUUGCUUUAUGAAUUGUAUCAAUUUACGUAAAAAAUCAACUCCUUUGUAAGCUGCUGUAACUGCUGUCGCCUGGUGGAUGCAGCUGCUCAUCCACUCUCGAGCAGCCUAAAAUCCGUAUGACUCUAACUUAUUAUUGCUACCGGUUUAGAAAGAAACCUGUGCGUUGCGUUUGUACAGUGGAAAUUAAGCCUUUUGUGUGUCUCAUGUAAUUUCUGAAAGUGAAUCAUUGUCACAACACAGUCUGAUACAAUAAACAUUCGAAGUUGAAACAAAUGUUGAAAAUAUUUGUAUUUACAGGAUUUCAAUAAAAGUUGAACAGACACAAUACUGGAAAUUCUGUGUUGAACAAUUAAAUGUAAUUUAUUGAAAAGCUACGAAAUACAUAUAUAUAAUCUUAUGUCCAGUAAAUGUGUAUUGUACAACAGCUUUCUAUCACUGGCUGUUCUUAGCUUUUUUCAAAAGUGUAAUACCAAAGUUAUCCGCAAGCUUGCAUGAGGUCUCCCAGAAUUUGCUCAAUGAUGGACGCUGCCUACAGUUUUUCAGAUCAGCUGGUCAACUACUGUCAAGUUGCUGCAAUGUGUAGAUUACUGUGUUGUGUCCUUAUAUUAAGAAAUAUAAAAACAUAAUUUUUAUUACUCUUGAAUAUAUAAACUAUGUGAAGACGUUAUUCAAUGUAUUCAAAGUAUAUUGUUCAAUAAAAACGAAGAAACUUUCUGUAAA